GGCAGCCAGCCACCAUGAUGUCCCUGUCGAAGUUCAAGAAGGAGGCCAACUGGUUCAUGGUCUACUACCUGACGGUGGUGCACCUCGGCGCCAUCGAGGGCCUGCGCCGCCUCUUCCAGUGCAAGCUCGAGACGUUCCCGCUGUUUGUGUUCAUCUACUACCUCUCGGGCCUCGGCAUCACCAUGGGAGCUCACCGCCUCUGGGCGCACCGCAGCUACAAGGCGCACGGCAUCCUGCGCUUCUUCCUCAUGCUCUGUAAUAGUAUGGCCAAUCAAGGAACGCUUUUUCACUGGUCGAGGGACCACCGCGUGCACCACAAGUACUCGGACACGGUGGCGGACCCGCACGACUCGGGCCGCGGCUUCUUCUUCGCGCACAUGGGCUGGCUGCUGGUCAAGAAGGACCCGCGCGUGCUCGAGGCCGGCACCAAGCUCAACUACGACGACCUCUGGGCCGACUGGUGCGUCGUGAUGCAGGAGAAGCUCAACCCGUGGGGGCAGCUCUUCAUGUGCUUCGUGUUCCCCACGAUCGUGGGCGUGCAGGCCGUGGGCGAGGACUGGAAGAACGCGCUGUUCAUCCUGGGCUUCCUGCGCUACGUGGCCGUGCUGCACGCGACGUGGCUCGUCAACAGCGCCGCGCACUUCUACGGUUACCAGACCUACGACAACAUCCCGCCGCGCGAGAACUGGUUCGUGUCGAUCUGGGCCAUCGGCGAGGGCUGGCACAACUGGCACCACAAGUUCCCGUACGACUACGCCGCCAGCGAGUUCGGCAUCUCGGGCCAGUUCAACCCGACCAAGCUCACGAUCGACUGCAUGGCGCUGCUGGGCCUCGUCUCGGACCGCAAGCGCGCCACGGACAUCUGGGCCAAGAUCAAGGACUCCAAGUCGUUCCAGGACCCCAACGGCGACGACCCGACCAAGGCCUUCUCGGAGCUGAAGGCCAAGGCCAAUUAACCGCAGUCAGUCAGCAUGUUUUGUAGUACGUCCUUGGGGCCUUCGCGGGCUCGUCAAGUGAAGUAGAGCGUGGGCCGAAGAGCCUCACGCCGAAGAAUAUUUUCGCUAACAAGCUUACCUUAUUGAUCAUCGA